UGAAUGUUGCAUUGCGGAUUGUAGUUCGAUGCUUGGCUGGCGGUUGAAGGUUGUUCACAUGUUUUCUUCUUCUUUCUCCUUCUGCGUCUUCUUCUCUCCUGCGUCUGUGCUGACGUUGUCAUGUACCGACCAGACUUGUGAAAACGGUGCUCGGUAGUAUGACAUGUUCUGCCUGUUACUCGGUCACUCGGUGUCGUGAAGCUUAUAGCGAAUGCUCGAUUUCUCCCUUUUGCUACUAUUUCAGGAACCCGCCACGGCCUAGAACACUGGAGAGACACUAGCACAGGGGGGAUAGUCAACCGAGCUCCCCUGCAUUCAUGGAUCUCCCGGUCAGCCCACCGCGUUCGAUCUGUACAGUAGCCGGGAGGAUUUGGGGGAGCGUGAAAUUGUCUGAUGUCAGUAGUCAAGUGGCCUGUCACUCCUCCUGAUUCCCAGUGGAUCAAUCGGAUCGAAUCGCUCAAUGGGCGAACAAGCAAUGCCAUCCUGCUGACGGGAAUUAUCCCGUAACGCGGGUCUCUAGCCAGUCGUAUGCACCUAGCCGUAAGACCAUCUCCUUUGCUGUGGAGCCAGUCUUCAUCCUGCCUUAGUAGUCACUACAGGUAUAAAGACUAUGUAACGCCUCUGCCUCGCGAAGGCUUUCCCUUUUCUUUUUUCUCUUUACCCACCUCUGUCUCUCACUACAUAGUACUUAAUAUCCGUUAUUCACUCCAACUAAUACCGACAUCUCCCGUCGCUAUACACAUUCGUUGAAACAACACCAAAAACUCGCAAAAAUGAAGACCUUCGCUAUCCUCUCUCUCGUCGCCGCCGUCAUGGCUAAGACCGACUACGCCGGUUGCACCAGCUCUGCCGUCGGAGCCUCGCUGCUCUGGUACGUCCCCGAGUCUGGCGAGAUCUGCAAACAGCUCGACUGCGGAGGUGGUCGCGCUCCUCCCAAGACCAACGUUCCCGGAUGCGCUGCUUACGAAGGCACCGAGACCUACACCCCAUCCUUCAUCCCCAACUACGGCCAGGCCACGGCCACCCCCGAGGUCAAGCCCACCACCUCCUCCGCCCCCGGCGUGAGCUCCGCCUACAACGCCAUCUCCAGCGUGCCCUCCAGCGCCGCUGCCCCCUCCUCGUCUGCUCCUGCCGUGACCAGCGCCCCUACCUACUCUACCGCCAUCAUCGGCACUGCCAUUCCUGUUCCCUCCGGUAACGGUACUGCUGGCAACGGCACCAGCGUCAACGCCCCUAAGCCCACCCAGAGCGGUGCUUUGAGCCCCAAUGCUGCCGGUGUUGUGGGUGUUGCCCAGGGCGUUGUUGCCGUCGCUGUUGGUGUGUUCGGUGUUAUGAUGUUGUAAGUGGUUGAAGGGGUUGGGGAUUCGAGAUGAUGGAUAGGAUGACUUG